AUGCCAGAACCCAAACCCAACCCAUAUGUCAUGCUCGAUUCAUCUUUUCAAACCUCAUCCGCCCUACGCCAAUCACAGCACCUACCACGCCGCAGCGACGAAUACCGCACCUACUCCAGGACGGCAGCGCCCCUUAAGCGUGACUACUCGUAUACCACACAGGCUACCGAUACUACCGAUGAGACGGAAUCGACCUGUGGCAGCCAGGACAGCACGCCCCUGGCCUCAUCGGGCGCAUUGAAUCGAGCUGAGAGCGGUCUGCCACCCACUCCGCCCUCUGCCUCACAGGACGGCAAUUCAAUCCAAGACCCGGAGCCGCCUCCACUGGCCGACAGCGUCCGCAACUCCCUCAUGUCCCAGAAGUCGACCCUCAGCACUCCCGUCAAUGCGCGCAGUCCGCCCACGCCCGAUCCUAGCCCGCCGCGAACGACGGCUUCCAAUGUCACACCCGAGCGACCGCACUUGCUUACCUACCCAUCCUCGCGCGCAGACUCGUUCCAGACGGCGCGUGAAGAACCUCUCUCCUCGGAUCGUGACGACAGCAGGUCGGUGACACCCGCACACGACCACCGACUGAGCACGGUGGAAGAGGAUAGGGGUCUCGGACUGGCGUUUGAAUAUGUCCAGAAUGAUGUCACGCCUACCACCACCAAGGACCGUUAUUUCCCCACUACUCCCACAACGCCCGCUACGGUCCAUGUGGAUACGACGGCCGGCGCAGAAGAGGACAAGGGAUCCCAGACGGUGGACGACACCCCAGAUCGGGAGUGGAACACAGACCUCAUGCGCAAUGUAACAAUAAGAAAGAAACGCAGACCUCAGACCACCGACUCUCCCACCAAAAUAUCCGACCCUGCCGUCACCGUUGUCGAAGCCGCGUCUCCUACUCCCAGCAACCGGACCCGACGCGCCUCCAGUCUGCGCGAACGCGUUGAGGCGAGCCACAACAGCCCCGUUACGCCGUCCAUCGAAAAUUUUGCCCAGUCCAUCGGGUGGCCUGCUGAGCCGGGAGGCAUGUCAGGGGAGAGGUAUCGGGAUUCCACAAACAAGCGACUUUCAACCGCCUCGGUGGCAUCGACGGUAGUGUCGGCUCAUGUCAUAGUCACCCCACCGCGAAGAAAACAAAUGCUAAGACACUCUGGAAGGAACAUGGCUUACAGAAGAGACGUCAGCUCUCCGGCUGAUUUGGGUCCCAGCACCACUAACUCGAACCGCAACUCCAUGGUCUCUCAGUUCGAUGAUCUGCCACCCCGCCGUCUGGUACAUAAGAGGACCAAUAUCGGCGAUAGAUCCAUACGGUCUAGCACCGACUCUAACAUUCUAGGCUCCGACCGUAUCAUGUCACCCUCCCUAUCGCUACGGCAAAGAACCAUCGACAGUUCGGCACACACCCUCGCACAUCAAGAGUCCAUUCGCAAUGUUCUACAGCCUGCGUCAGAUAUACUGAGCAGACACAGUUCAGGAGCCCGGGCUGGUGGUACCUAUCACAAGCGUAUCAACUCUGCGCCUGAGCCUGUGAAGCGUAAGACGCAGCCUUCGAAACUGAGGAACUUCUCCGAACUUUCACCCCCAGGAAGUCCACGCCCAAGAGAGAACCCCACUAUUCAGGUACCCAAGGUUGAGCGAGCACCGUCACCCACGCUUUCACCAAAGCCUCGUCGUGCGUCACCUACCUCACGUAAAUCGAAACGUCAGCCACCAGUUAUUACUGAUGUGAGACUGCCGACUGGCCUGGAGAACACGCUUCCCGACCUUCCGGACCAGGGUAUCGAUGGACCAGCUGAGCGAGAUGUCUUCCUGGGUGCAAGUCAUCCUCUCGAAGAGACUCGUGUACCGCCCGAAUUGAUGGAACGAGUCCGCCGUCUCGUCGCAGGUGAUCCCACAGAAGAGCCUACGUUCAUUGAAAAUAGUCCGUACCCUGCUACGGCUGAAUAUUUGAACAGAUUCUCGCCAAUGGACAAUGGGUCACGACAGAUUCCACAAGGCUCGCGCUUUACAAGACCUAGCUCCCGAGACCAAAAGCGGGUAUCUCCUAAUCGGGACAACUUUUCUCUGUCUCCCGAUAUGACUACACGGCCCGGAUUGAAUGAUCGCAUGUCGAGUGAAGAGAUGGCGCGCCGCAGUCCUGAGUGGCGCCGAUGCUCCUCAGGGACGCCCGGUCGUGUUAGCUUCGAUCAGUCAGCUUCACGGUCAGCGUCAAGGAUGGAAGAGCACGCCAUGGCUCGACAUCUGUAUUCACAAUCAACACCCUUCUCUCAGUUUUCCGAUACAGUCGAAGUCACUGAGGCGACGGCUGUGAGCAUUUACCCUCACAACAACAAUUCCCUUCUUGUUGUGCAGCAAAUGUCUCGUGGUAACUCGAUGAUUCAAGAACGUCGUCAGCUGAUGACUGAUACCCACAUGGAACCCCAGGGUGGGGAAGAGGUACCGAUAUCGCCGACGCCGCCCUUUGUUGAUGCCAAGGAGAGUAAUGCGGAACUUUGCAAGGAAGCACCAUCGCAGCCGACCCUCAACUUUGAGCCUUCGACUCCUCCAAUGCAGAUCGAGCUACCUCAGCCUCAUGGUGUGGACAUUCCCCUUCAGAACCCUCGAAGCCCACCAAAGCCACCGAAGAUCAUGUUCAUUCCUCCUACGCCGAUGGAGGAGCUAGAGAAUCAACUAGCACCAGGGCCACCCGGUUCGCCACAGCGAUCAGACUCAAAUCCUCAACGAAGGCUAUCCGUCUUACAACGAGCACGGAGAUAUUCGGGCAAUCUCAUUACGCCUAUCCUUGCCCGCGCCUCCAACAAACCCCGUAACAACGAACCGCAAAGCCAGAACCAGCAAAACCCUCGUGUGCCCAAUUUGCCAGAUGAAGAUGGCGCUCUCCAUCCCUUCUGGCGACCUCGCGGUUUCUGGGACGGCUUCUCAGACAGCGAGUCCGAUGGCGAAGAGGGUGGUCUUCCAGAAGGCGGCGACACAAGCGACAUUGAAGAUGACGAGCCCGAGCCACCCCGACGACCCAACAAACUCAACAAACUCAAGGGAGGUCUCCGCGGCUCCGGCGGCUUCCUCAUUGGAAACUCUCUAGGCGUGGAACGUCAUGGCACAAAUAAACGCCGCCAUCAUGUCACGCUCCCGCCAAACUUCCCGCGCCAACCACGCACCCGCUCAACCGGUCGUUCCUCUCCACCAAAAGUCAUCAUUCAAGCUCCCGCGCAUGCUCUCGGUCGACACGGCGGCGGCGGCAUCUCAAAGCGUCGUUCAACCCCCGAACUACGCCGCAGUCCUUCGCUCUCUGAUAAUGUGUCUAUCGAGUACGAGCAGUCAAGGCGUCGCGGCUCCUGGAGACAGGGACGCAGUCUUCCCGGGUUGAAGAAAUACCACGUCCAGUACAUUGGGCUGUCGGGCGUUAAAGACAAGAUUCGGGAAAGAAGAACAGAAAAGCGCAGGGAGAAGAUUAGGAGGAGUAUUGGUAGUAGAUACUAUCAUGAGCCUGUCACCCCGGGUUCUGUACCAGGUUCAGUGACAGCGUCGUCGGAGUAA